AUGGGUGCUUAUUUGAACAAACCGAUAGUUGAGAAGGAGAAGGAGGAGGGAACCGGAAAUGGGUUGAGCUUUGCUUGUACCACGAUGCAGGGCUGGAGAGCCAAUCAAGAGGUAUUUUCGUUUUUUUUUUCUUAAUUUUUCACGUACAUUUGUUGGUUUCAGGAUGCUCACAACUGCGUCGUCGAUCUUCACGAUGGAUGGAAUAUGUUUGCGGUGUACGAUGGACACGGAGGAACAGAAGUAUCCAAGUUCACGUCCGCAAAACUGCCCGACUUCUUGAAGACUCGCAAAUUUUGGGAAGCGAGCGAUAUCGAAAAUUGUCUUCAGACAGCGUUUGUCGAUUUUGACGAUUUCAUUCGCUCUGAAACUUCUCUGAAAGAGCUGAAGGUAUUGAUGUCUUUCCAUGAUCUUGUCUAGAAUAACCGUUAUAGGAAAUUGCAAUUUCUGGCAAGAAGAAGAAAGUGAACAAUUCUGAAGAUGAUGCGGACACAAUCGAUACGAUUGAGGAAAGCUCCAUUCCGCUGCCUGAGCUCAUAAACAGAUACGGAGCUGCGGCCGGUGGUGGUGGCAUUGGAAUAUCGUUGUUCAAAGCUUUCAUGCUGAAUCAGGGAGGAGAAGAGUCGGAAGAGGAAAGUGAUGACGACAACGAAGAUGAGGAGACUGAGGAGACCGAGGAGAAGACCGAGGAGGACGGUGACGAAGAAAAUGAAGAAGUCGAAAAGGCCGAAGAAGCAGAACCAGCUGCGUCAGGAGACAAGAAGAAGGUGCAUAAGAGAUGCAGCAAGUCGCCAAUUCAAUCAGAGGCAAAGAAGUCGAAGUCUGAUGAAUCUCAUGAUAAUGAGGAGAAAGAUGAGCCGGAAACGGAUGUGCCCAUGUCAUCUUCGUCUGCAGAAGCAGCUGCUGGUGACACUGCUGAGUCUGAAGAGGAUUCUGACAAGGAUUUCGUUGCCGAUGAAGAAGUUGAGGAGGAGCAAAGUGAUGAGGAGAUCGAAGAAGCCGAUCUGAGCCAGUUUGUUCUCGGUGCUGGAGGAGCGGAGACCCCGGGAGAGGACUCUGGAACUACUGCUUGCGUGUGCCUCGUUGGAACCGACAAGAUCGUUGUCGCCAACGCUGGAGACUCAAGAGCCGUUCUGUGUCGUGCGGGGAAAGCAGUUGAUCUUUCUGUGGAUCACAAGCCAGAGGAUGAGGUGGAGACAACUCGUAUUCAUGCCGCCGGAGGAUCAAUUGAAGAGGGGCGUAUCAACGGAGGUCUGAACCUUUCUCGUGCGCUCGGAGAUCAUGCAUACAAGAAGAAUCGGGCUCUUCCGUUGAAAGACCAAAUGAUCACGUAUGAAUUGUGAGCAGUCAUUCUUCAUAACUUGUUUUACAGUGCUCAUCCAGACAUCAAGAUCGAGCCGUUGACUCCCGAAGAUGAAUUCAUCGUUGUGGCUUGUGACGGAAUCUGGAACUCAAUGGAGUCUCAACAGGUCGUCGACUUUGUCCGCAAUCUUCUCAAGGAGGGCAAGUCGUGCUCCGAAAUAUGCGAUGCUCUUUGCGAUUCAUGUCUUGCCGAUUCGACCGAUGGAGACGGCACUGGUUGCGACAACAUGACAGUUAUCUGCGCCACUUUCCAGCGCUAG